AUGGAGGCCGCCACACACUCUCCAGGGGUGGAUGAACGCAAAGACAUCCCAAAGGCAAUGAACGGCCUCGAUCAAAGCCUGCAUGAAAUGCACGGCACCGAGGAGGCCUUGACCUCCGAGCUCAUCUCCGCUGGUUCGGAGCACCUCCAACGGCAACUAGGUGGAAAGGAAAUCCAGCUGUUGGCGGUGGGCGGCGCUAUUGGAACGUUCCGGUACUUCGGAACUGCUGAAUUUUACCUGGCCAUAUUCAAGGUCUUCCUCAUGAUGGGACUCAUUUGCUACACUUUUGUCACCAUGGUUGGUGGCAAUCCGGAGCACUGGGCCUAUGGGUUUACCUAUUGGAAAAACCCCGGCGCAUUUGUCGAGUACCUCGCUCCUGGAAACACCGGACGCUUUCUCGGAUUUGUUUCUUGCGUCAUUCAGGGCUCCUUCACUAUGGUCGGUCCCGAGUUCAUCUCCAUGACAGCUGGCGAGGCAGAGAACCCUCGUAAAUUGAUGCAUCGGGCUUUCUCCUCUUUUGUCUGGCGUCUCCUCCUUUUCUUCCUUGGCGGCGCUCUCUGCGUCGGGAUUGUCAUUCCUUACAAUGACGUGCUUUUGCUCAAAUAUAUCAAUGGAACCGAGGGCGGCACUGGAGCUGCGUAA